UAGAACCCCAACCUUUUACAUUUACCUAAUCGAAGGUUCAAUGGCAAGGACAGAUUAGUCCAUGAGUUAGAACAAUAGCAGCAGCAUUAGCAGUUCUGCAAUUGGAUUGGAUGAGCGUAACCAACAGCAAAGAAAAGCAAAGCCCACAAAAGAAAGAAAGAAAGAAAAGGAAAGGGAUUCCGGAGGAAGCCAGCCAGCACUGCCGCCGUUGCCAACCCACCCAUGACCCCGCCCGACUGGGAGUGGGAGGACGUUGAAUUGAAUCGAAUCGAAUAGAAUAAUAAAGAGUAUUAUUAGCGAGGCGGAAAACAAAGUAGUGGUUACUCUUUCUACAUUCAUUAAAUGGAACAACAAGAACCGCAGACCCAAAGCAAAAUCAGCUUCCAUCAAACUCAUACUGAAACCAUCAUCCCCAUCCGCCAGGAUCAGGAGGUAGCCAACCACCAUUUCCAAACUGCUGCCCUACCAAUACCAUCACCUCCUCCUCCCCCUCCUCCUCCUAUUGACGAGGAGAAAAAUGGUAAUCAAUUCGACCAUCGGUUUCAAAGAACUGAUCAAUGGCGCCCAGUUUAUUCCUGGUUAGAGUCGUUGGCUACAGAUGAGCCAGUUAAAUCUAAGGAUAUUUUAGACUGGCUGACAGAAAAUCCAGAAGUCAGAGAACAGUUAUAUACAAGGCAUUCCCGUUACCACUUGAUGCAUUACAUCAAAAAAUGCCACAUGAAAAUAUUGAAGAGAAAGGAGAAGAAGAUGGGAGUGCAAGUUACACAUAAAGUUCAUUCUGACGAUGUGCAAACCAGUGUGGAGACUAAAGCCAUUGUUCCAGUUCAGAAUACAGCGAAUAAUUUGAGCAGCCUACCUCUGGAUAGUGACCUGUAUAAAGCAAAACAGAAGGAAGCACUUCAAAAAUAUGAGAUUUUGAUUGACUUGGAGAAACAGCUGUUGAAUCUGAUUUCGACGUGUGAUAAUCGACCAUCUUGAAGGACUCUGAUCUGACAAGUUGCAUUUGGUUGAUCGUAUAUCAUAGCAUAUGCUAAAUUUUGGUGGUGCAGUUUGGUGAUAGCAAUUCUUUUGUUGCCAAACAUAGCUUCACCUUGAUAGAUACUCAACAAGUUUACUACUGCUGUAAAGAGUCUCUUGUAUCUCUGCAACCUCCUCGCAUCUCUCCCUGUAUCAGUAACGGUAAUUUAAAAUAAAAAAGGGUCCCUUGUAUGCAUCUUUGCAACCUCGUUAUUGCAUUAAAGUAGUGGUUAGUUCUCUUAUAGAUAUUGCAAUAGAGCAGUGGUUAGUUCUCUUUAUGGACACUGCUAUAGGUUAUUUUACCGAGGAGAAAGUACCUGCAAAAGCUUUGGCAGUCUGGAGUUUGUGAUAUGCACCUAAUGUAAUGUACGAUAAAAUUUCAUGAAAG